AAUAAAAGAAACGCUUUAAUAUUUUCCAAAUUUUCUUCAAAUCUCACAAUCAAAAACAAAAUCCUGAAGUAGUAGGUUGCUGGUCGUAGCAUUCAAGAUCAAAAAGGCGGAAUAUCUUGCCUACAACUAGUUGUGUGGUCGGUUCUUCGUUCAAGUUGUUGCGUCUUUGAAAUUGUAAUAGUGUCGUUUCGUGGGGGGAUCAUUAUCAUGAGCUAGGAGAUACCAAAACAUUUGAAAUUGUUGUUAUCCAAGUAGAAUGGUCACCCAGGGCUCUCCUUGUGCUUCUUCAUCGCAGAAAACGAUUUCAAUACCGGCAAACUCCAACUUGUUCAGCAGCUUCGAUUUGUCCAGUAAAAGUUCUUUCCAUGAACUACAACAUCAAGCCAAAGCAAAAACCACGCAGCACAAGAAUUUCGACACGGCGUUUAAGCAAGCAAAAAACGACGAGCUGAUAACAACGUUGACUCCGUUUGUUCAAGAAGACAUCCUCUUUAGGUGGACACAUGCCCUACAGGAGCAUUCGGAACAUCUUGAUUUGUAACGUGUCGUGAGCAAAGACAACUCCCACGAAGGCAUCUCCUGAAUGAGCAGCAUCGUAGUUGUAAAAGACUACCACUAGACGAUCAUCGGAAAUAAAGCCAGGACUACGACUGAAAACGAAAAUCAAGGUCCAAAUCGAUAAAGAGUUCGUCGAGAAGAAACGCCGCACAAAUUGAAACCAGGCGAAGGGCCCGUGAAGGAAAGCGAGCUAGACGGGAGAAACUACAAAAACAGUUGCAGCUGUGGUGUAGCUGCUGUAGGGAACAGGUGAUUUCUUCAAUUUUUAGUCGUGACUCGUUACGUAAAAAUUACUUGUUCUACAACUUUUGUGCGCUCUACUGUCGUGGAGGUUGUAGAUGAAAUGCAUGGUAGAACAAACAGGACCACUUUUAUUGCUGCGUCAAUAUGGAGGUGCCUCACAAUUAUAGUUCUUCCUUCGACCUGCAUUCCUACUGCAUUCAUCCCAUACAAAGAUGAAUCUUCGACCACAGGUAAAAAAAAACAAGAACUUCUUAUUCCAAGAUGGCGUCUCAAGAUGUAGUGAUGGAGAAGGCGGACCCCCCUCUGCCCGAAAACUACCAUAAAGAGGAUACUUUGUUCAUAUUCGACUGGUACUAUACAUGUUUUCAUUUUACGUGGAUAGUCAAAAGAAAUAUUUUACGUGGAAAGUAGACGUGGAUGGAGUGAUACUCGCCUGGCUCUGAAACUGAGAUCACAUUUUUCUUCACCUUUCGUAAAUCAAUCACGACAACGACUCAAUCACUCAAUCAACCAAAUGAGAAUGAAUUUUUUGGUUGAUAAUUGCGUGAUUGAGUCGUUUAUUACGCAACGAAUCUCCUACAAUCUCUUGUUCACUUUCAUCUUUCUCGACUCUGUAGUACUACGUAAAAACUUCAACUUUUUCAGGGAUGACACCAUCCUGCCGACAACAUGGUUGGCGUUGAACGACCUGCGAGUUGAUAUGCAAGGAGAGAUACCGGUGAACCUGAAGAAUCAGUUGGAUGAUUACGCACCAUGGGCUAUGCGGACGUACCUACUUUUCUCACCUGGUGUAGUUUUGAUUUUUCAGUGAAGAAUGUAUGGUCUUAUUUCUUAGAAGUGUCCAAAUGAUCAUGUUCUUAUAACAGGUGCUUCUUUCAUCCGAUUUUUGCAAAGACUCGGAAUUGAUAUUCAUCUCUUCAUAUUAUCAGUCACUCAAUUGCAAUUCGCACCAAGCAGGUUUUCAGUUUUCUUUUCUAUCUUGGUUGUUCUCCUCACCUACAACAGACUCGAAGAGGCGAAGAAGUACGGAAAGGUGUUAAUCGUUACCAAUGCGGAAGACGGAUGGAUCGAACUGACAAUAAAAAAGUUUUUUCCUUCUUGGGAGAAGCUUAUCGAUACAAUCCCCUAUCAUUAUGAAGUAGACGAGUUUGGCGUAAUACUAAAACUUUGAUUUUACUAUUUCAAUGCUACGAUCUCGAUAGCAAGAACAUCUAGAAGAACAAGAUCCAUUUCGCGAACUCCGUUCUUUAGAUAAUAUCUACUAGAAAAUGAAAACUACUAGAGAAUAAUGAAAUAUCAAUAGAGUCCACGGACGAGCCCUCAUGCUAGUACUUGUUGUUCUGUAGUCCCUUAUCGAUUCUACUUUGUUUAGUCAUCGAAGUUCUUUUCCUCGUCUCGCUCCUCGUCCCCUACAACCUAAUCAUGGAAGAGUCACAAGUACAAGCAGUACCAGUCUAAAAUUUUUCGGCCCGAUCGACAUGGGAACCUACAGGUUGCAGUCUUCCAGUGGAGUGGAAAGUGCGUUCCUUCGAUCAUGAGAUAAGGACUUACUACGAACAGAGAGGAGGUCUUAAUAUCAUACAACAGACACUAGUACAUCAUGAACAAUGGCAACAGGGACAACAGCAUGCAUACACAGUUUACGUCGAUCAAUGAUUCUAGUACUAGUGGUUGCAUUUGCUUAAUCUCAAAUACGAAAGUACUAUAAAUAUAUAAGGAUCAUUUAUUCCACUACAAAUAGAAAUACACCCACGUUGGUUUCAGUGCAACGCAGUAACAUCAAAAACAACAAUUUACAACUACCAAUGAAUUCCACAGAUGGCGGUCGACGAAAUAUCAUUGGUCUAGGAGACAGCACUUCAGAUCGAGAGGCAAUGUUACACGUCACCGGAUCGAAAAUCAAUACGGUUGGCAAGAGCCUCAAAUUCAUGGAGAGACCUAAUCUGGAGCAUUUGCAGAAUUAUGAAGACAAUCUGUCAUGCUGAUCCCUUAUAGCCUUACCUUUCGAGAAUUCCGUAGUCUUAUAUAUCGAAUCUGUAGAAUCUAAGCUGUUAGAUUAACAGUGUUUCUGUAACCACCAGAACUAGAUUUUAUUUUAAAUCGUCAGCAUCCACAACUUACAAUCCAGGAGCAUAAGUUGUCCCUUAUCUUCCCGUCAAAUGUGAUAGUGUUGAUCUUUUUCUUCUAAUGCCCGCAACAUCACCUGAUCGCCAGUAGCAUCCGACAGAUUGCGUUACACGAGAAGAGUUUGGAUCUGUGCAUUCAGCACCAGAUGUCUUCCGACAGCGGUCAGAGUGCUACGACAGCCGCAGGUGGAGGCACAGCCGCGACUGGUGGUAUGCCGCAAGGGCCUCCAGUCCAUGCAGGUGCGGGAGCAGGAGGAUCGGGAAAUAACCCGGGAGGUGCUCAAGGAAUGAGUCUUAUGAUUUUUUGAAAACUAUAAGGUUGAUGUUCUUCUUGUUGAUGCUUUUACCAAAAAUAAUGAAGAAGGAUGAGUAAUGUUAAAUGAGAUCGAUGUUGGUGGAGAAGAAGAUGGAAGUGAGAGGAUAAGACAAGUCGUGAGUCGAUUGCCAGCUAGAAAUUUUUAGAAAAACCUUGUUACUAGAUCAUGACCAACACUCAUCAUCAAAUAAACCUCUGAACACUACCUUGUCACUAGAUCAAUACUCGAAACCACAUGGGUCUUGGUUUAGCCACUGAAUAACACCUCUAAGAAGCAGAACAUGGGACCCGGAGCAGCUACUGGUGUGCCGAAUAGUGCUGUCCCAGCGGCCGCUGGUCCUGGGAUGAUGUCCUCGACUGAGUCCUCGAAUUCACCUACGAAGAACGCUGGUGGAGCAGGGUCGGGAGGACAGUAG